AUGGCAUCCGAAACCGCGAUCCCCCAUGUACAGAUGAUCGACUCGAUCGGUGAUCUGGAGAAAUUACUAAACGAGCUCGAUUACCAAUCGCAUCGACCCUCGUCUCUGUUCUUCGACGUGCAAGGAACAAAUCUUGGGCAAGACGGCUCGAUCUCAAUCAUCUCCCUCUUCGUACGACCUAUCAAAACGGUCUUUCUGAUUGACGUGCUUACACUGGGCGAGGACACAUUUACCACCACCAGUCUCGCAGACAACUCGCUUAAGCUCCUGCUCGAAUCUGGCGCCAUGGCAAAGGUCUUUUUCGACAUCGGAAACAUUUCUCAUGCGCUGUUCAACCGCCACGGGAUCCGCCUGAACGGUAUCAAAGACCUCCAGGUCAUGGAACUCGCGACGCGAUAUCCGCACUCCCAAGAGCAGGCUGCAAGCUGGGAGACGUGCGUUGAGAAGGACGCGCAUCCUCCCGCCAGGGUGCUCGCGCUGUGGAAGCAGGUGCACAGCUCCGUGAAUCGACUACGUGAUCCGGCAAAGGGAGGAAGCGACGCCGUGUUCAAUGAGCGACCCCUCAGACGGGAAAUCUUCGAAUACUCCUUGCAAAACGUUCUGAUUCUGCCCCGGCUGUGGGAGGUCUACUGCGAGACGCUUUGCAGACCGAAGAAUGGCUUCUGGCGGAGUAUGGUGGCUCAGACGGUCCGGGACAGGAUCAGAGAAUCGACGAUUCCUGCUAGCGCACGUCGAGCUGAUACCGGGGAUUGGGGUUGGAGUAGGGAGUUUAUUGAAACUAGCAUAGCAGGAUGGAACCAGGACGUAUAUCUUCAGCUUGAGGGAGUUCCUAUGGUGGACCCCCGCUGGCUCGAUCCCAACUAUUUCUGA